AUGAAUUCCAUCGAGUUUCCCUUACUUGAUCGAACAACCCAAAAUUCAGUUAUUUCAACUACAUCAAACGAUCUUUCAAAUUGGUCAAGACUUUCUAGUUUAUGGCCGCUUCUCUAUGGUACCAGUUGUUGCUUCAUUGAAUUUGCUUCACUAAUAGGCUCACGAUUCGACUUUGAUCGUUAUGGACUAGUCCCAAGAUCAAGUCCUAGACAAGCGGACCUUAUUUUAACAGCCGGAACAGUAACAAUGAAAAUGGCUCCCUCUUUAGUGAGAUUAUAUGAGCAAAUGCCUGAACCAAAAUAUGUUAUUGCUAUGGGAGCAUGUACAAUUUCAGGGGGGAUGUUCAGUACUGAUUCUUAUAGUACUGUUCGGGGAGUCGAUAAGUUAAUUCCUGUAGAUGUCUAUUUGCCAGGUUGUCCACCAAAACCGGAAGCAGUUAUAGAUGCUAUAACAAAACUUCGUAAGAAAAUAUCUCGAGAAAUCUAUGAAGAUAGAAUUAAGUCUCAACGAGAGAAUCGGUGUUUUACAACCAAUCACAAAUUGAAGGUCGGGCGUAGUAUUCAUACCGGAAAUUACGAUCGGGAGUUCCUUUAUCAACCGACAUCCACUUCGGAGAUCCCCCCCGAAACAUUUUUCAAAUACAAAAGUUCAGUCUCUUCCCACGAAUUAGUGAAUUAG